AUGCUCCUUGACGAAGAUCCAUCCACUCUCAUCCGCGCAACGAUUUCAAACUUCAAUAUUGCACCCGACAAAGCCGCCCUGUCGCGUGUCAAUGACUCCCUUUCCACCUUGCAACAGUCGCGCGAGCUUAGAAUUCGAGAUGCAGAGACCGCCCUGAGGAAAUUGUCUAGACAGCUGGCGACUCUUUCGUCCCAGCACAAAGAAGUGCUCACCAGCCAUGAUAGUGGCCGGCAUGCGAGUGAGAUUGUCCAACUCGACACCAAAAAAUUCCGAAUCGCCAAACAGGCCUCAGAGGUUGAAGCAGAGACCGAGAGGCUCGAAGCAGAACUUGAGCGGCUAAAGAUGCGACUGUCCUCCUUAGAAGAGCAAGGUGUCGAGGGCGACGAAAAUACCCGGCAGGCUCGAGAAGUUGAUGAUCCCACCGUACUACGUCUUUGGCUAUACCGAUCACUUGGCAUUAGCCUAGAGCAGGACGAGGCAGGGAAUUACAAUAAGGCGACAAUUGCAAACACGAAGAAGGGUGAUGUGCACGUUGUCAACAUCGAUCCUAAGUUCUCAAAGUGGUUUUACGCAGACUACUUCUGGCAAACAAUGCAGGGUUGA